CAGAAAAACUGUUCAGCUGCUGGCUGCUGCUGUACCUCCUCCUUUGCUCUCCUCACACUCAUAGGAGGAACAGAAACUCCACCCAAGCUUUCAUCCUACUUCUGCCUGAAGAUCUAAGUUGGUGCACAGUCAUCAAUACAGCCAAGGACUGAAGACAGUCAAGUGGGAAAAAUUCUCUGUCCUCAAUGGCCCUGGAUAAAAUGGAAGAUUUGAGUCUGAAAGAGCCACUGCGCCAAGUUGAGAUAGGUGAAGUGGAAGGUAUUCCCUUCACAAAAAGAAUGUGCACCACAUGGGACCAAGUGUGGAAGUUCAAAGCCAGACCUGAUGAUCUGCUGAUCGCAACCUAUGCAAAAGCAGGUACCACAUGGACACAGGAGAUAGUGGAUAUGAUUCAACAAAAUGGAGAUGUUGAGAAGUGUAGACGUGCCACUACUUACAGACGCCACCCUUUCCUUGAGUGGUCUACCCAAGAGUCUGCAGCUGCAAGAUACUCAGGCCUGGAGUUAGCUGAAGCUAUGCCUUCUCCACGAACAAUAAAAACUCAUCUCCCUGUGCAGCUGGUGCCUCCCUCCUUCUGGGAACAAAACUGUAAGAUAAUCUAUGUGGCGAGAAAUGCGAAAGACAACCUGGUGUCGUACUACCAUUUCCACAGAAUGAAUAAAGGAAUGCCUGACCCAGGAACCUGGGAGGAGUUCAUAGAGAAAUUCAUGACUGGAAAAGUGCUGUGGGGUUCCUGGUAUGACCAUGUGAAAGGAUGGUGGAAGGCAAAAGAUAAGCACCGUAUUCUCUACCUCUUCUAUGAAGACAUGAAGGAGAAUCCAAAGCAAGAAAUUCAGAAGAUUCUGAAGUUCCUGGAGAGGGAUGUGAAUCAGGAGGUUCUAAACAAGAUACUCCAUUACACCUCGUUUGAGAUAAUGAAGGGAAAUCCCAUGACAAACUACACUAACGAGUUUCAGGGAAUAAUGGAUCACUCUGUUUCCCCAUUCAUGAGAAAAGGGGUUGUCGGGGACUGGAAGAAUCAUUUCACUGUGGCACAGAAUAAGAAAUUUGAUGAAGAUUAUAAGAAGAAAAUGGCUGAUACCUCUCUUGUUUUUCGCUCAGAAUUGUGAUUAUUAGCAAUGGGAAUUAUUCUUUAUGAUAUUCAGCCUUUUCCAUUUUAUAUAUUUUGCUUUUCCUUCACAAAACAUCUGGCCCCCUAAGAUUUCAAUACCUCUCUUUCACACGCCACUGAUUUUUCAUUAUCAUGGGAGUGCCCAAAUUAUGGGGAAGUUUAGGUUGGUCUCUCUGAAGAAAAUAAUCCCACUGGAUACUUCUCAUUCAUCCCUCCCACAGUAACUUUCAGCAUUAUCAAAAAUAUUUCAGAUGUGCUUUGAGGUUUUGUCUUUGUAAAACUGCAGUUGAUAUUGCUGGCAUUUUCAAAUCAACCUCUAACAGAAAUUAGGAACCAAUAGGAAAAAAGGUGUUAAAAGAGUGCAACAGGUGUGGGCAUUAUAUGUUAGUCACAUGUUGUACGAACAUCAAUCAAUAAACAACAAUAAACAAAUUUAAAGGUGGUCAAGUAUAAACAGA